AUGACACAACGCGAAUUUACAAUUCACAAUGAAGUUGAUUCGUUGUUCAUACAAGAACAAGAAUCACAUCAAUUAUUAACAACUUAUGAACUUUCCUUGAUUAGCGAAUUGAUUACACCAAAAGAAAAAAAAAGGAACAAUAACAAAGUUCCAAGGCCACCUAAUUGCUUUAUAAUCUUUCGUAAUUACUUCGUAAUAACGAACAAGGAUCAGUGUGAUCAAGAAAAGAUUAGCAUGCGUAUGAUAUCAACGUUGGCUUCGGAAGCAUGGAAGAGCUUAUCCCCAGAUAGUAAAUCAUUUUUUCGGACUUUAGCCGAUAUGUACCUUCAAAACCAUAAAAUCAAAUACCCUGAUUACAAAUUUUCUCCAAAAAAAAAGAGAUCAUCAAAAAGUAGCGCGAAAAAAGAAAAAAGAACAUCUGAUGAAACAAAGGAAAUGAUAAAAAAACACAUGUUCACUUGGAAUAUUAACGAAAGGCAAACCGUGAAUGAUCCUCCACAUCCCACUCCUCCUGCAG